UUGUUUCAUACUUUAGUAGUUUGCAUCCAGAAAACCAAAAGAAAAUUCAUUUUAGUUUAAUUUAUUUCAUUUCGGUUCAGUUGACAUAUUUUUCGGUUUAGUUUUAAUUAGUUUGCAUUUGGUUACUUAUUUUGGUUCGACCAGAACUUCCCAUAUCUUCACUUGCUCUUUGAGAUUGUUUUCAGGAAGAAAUGACAGAGGAAGAACACGGCCAAACCAUGAAGAUCAGACUGAGCCAACACUUAGAAGCUAUACAAGAGCUUAAUGAUAAGAUUGCUCAGUUGGGAAAAGGAACUAAGGCACAAGUCCAACGACAACAGCAUGAAGAAAGAAGAUUUGGAGAUGUACCAGAGGCUGUUUAUGUUGAACCCAAGCCACCAGAUCCUUCAAGGAUCCACCAGAAAUCAACUUCUAAAACCCACAGCCAUAUUGUUCAUAAUUCUCGGUUUGAUUCUAGUUUUGUUGCUGAUAAAGUUAAACUCUUUACAUUUUCAGGAAAAAGAGGAUAUCUGAGAUGGGAGAGGAACCUUGAUGAGUGGUUUCACUUCAACAACAUCCUGAAGAAAGAGAGGCUAGCUUAUGCUAUUGAUCAACUUAGAGAAGAAGCCUUUAAAUGGUGGGUACAAGAAGAAGAUGAUAGAUGGUUUUACAAGGAGCCAACUAUCAAAACGUGGAGAGCCCUUAAAGAAGUCAUGAGAGCUGAGUUUGCACCAGAUUAUACAAGCUCUAAAAUCCAGGAGCUGUAUCCAAGGAGCUGUAUCCAAGGAGGUAUCCAACUCAUGUUUCUAAAGAGGCAAAGAGAGAUGUGCCACAAGAAGGCCAUAGAAGCUUGAUCCAUCAAGACCAGAUCCGGCCAAACCAGAGGGCCAAAGUUUUUCAUGAUCAUUACCAGCCUUAUAAGGUCCCAGAGGCCAUGGAAAAGAAGAAAGAUGUUAGCCAAAACACCUUGAUCAGAUCCAAAGAAAAACCAGAACAAGGUAUUGUCCAAGUAAAGGCUAUGGUAAGUCCUAUACUUGAUCUUUUGGUUUAUAAAUCAUCUCCCACUGGUUUGAAUCACUUUUCUUUGUCCAAGAGUUUUAAGACAGGUCCUCAGCUCCAGAAGGACACGUUCCCAACAUCCAUGUUGGAAUCCAAAGUUGUCCAUGAUUUAAUUCCAAGGAAUAAUGAGAUUCCAUACUCAAAGAAAGAAGAGGCAUCAAGCCAAGGAAUUAAGGAGCAAGAAUUCACUGGAGAAGAACCACAAGACAUCACCCAUGUGAUGGACCAGAAGCUGUUUCAAGAUACAUUGCAGUCCAUGUUGUUUAAAGAAGCAAAACCAGUAACUAAUGUAUCAAGUCAAGGUAAGUGUUUAACACCACCUUUAUAUGCUGGUUCUGAAGUGUGUGUUCUGGAUAUAGAGAGUAAGAAUGAAAGCCCUAUGCUGACUGAAGUGCCCAGGGCCGAGCCUGACCAUGAGCUCAGUCAUGAACCACCUAAUAAGUGGAA